UAAGUCCCAGUCUGCUUAUUCACCAGGGCCCCUGAUGGUGGGGAUAAACUUGGAGCAGACAGGAACCAGGUCGCGGCCCCCCGAGUACACCUGCUAGUGGUAGAGGGGUCCGCCAGAGGGGUCCGCCAGAGGUAUGUGCAGGUACGGCUGGAUCCGUGCAGGAUGGAUGGAUGGCAGAGUAGUUAGCGUGGUCAGACGGGCCAAGUCAGCAACAUGCGGACAGCAAGGUACCAAAAGGAGCAGGCAGAGAAUGGUCAAGGUCACAAGCCAGGUUCAGUAACUCACGGACA